AGUUGAGUCGAGGUGGAUCAACGAACUUUUUUCAGUUUUUUCUUCUGUUUCCGAGAUUCUCUUUUUUUUCAAUUUCGUGCAACAUGACGGGAAGUGGAGACAAGGAGAAGAAAGAAGUUGACAUUUUCAGGGAUACACCCGUGAGACUCCUGGGCUACACGAAUGAAGUCGGGGAAUCGUUUCGAUCCCAGAUGCACGUCAAAUGGGUGUGGGCGAGUUACGUCGUGGCAUCUGCAUAUGUUGUUGCAGACACUAUCGACAAAAGUUGGAAAGCCUACGCGAAACCGGCGAAGGGUUCGGCAACGCGCGGGACGACCGUGACGCACACAGCGAUUGACACGUUGUUGUGGCAAGGACUCGCCUCGGUCAUAGUGCCUGGUUUUACAAUCAACCGCUUAUGUGCACUUACUCAGUUUGUGAUGAAAACGGGCUUUAAAUCCGCGCCACCCGGUGUGAUGCGUUGGGCCCCUACAGUGAUUGGCCUGGGUGCGAUCCCAUUCAUUGUGAAACCCAUUGAUCACUCCGUCGACUGGGUUUUAGACCGUACAGUGAGACCGAAACUCAGUGGUAUUCGAAACGAUAGUGUGAAAAGUUGAAUUUUCGUCUUCGUGAUUAACGGGCAAACGUAGUAUUAAUUUCGCGCCGUCAUGUGCUUGGUUUUCCUGUACGGUGCUAUUCGACGCUUUUGUGGCGGACCUAAAAAGGUGGUGUUCUGACAUCUGAGAUCCUGAACAAGAAGCUUUAGCGGACCAAGUCGUGUUUCUUUUGUAAUUCUCCUUCAUGAACGAUAACCUGGUGUGUUGCCUGAGCUUGAAUCAUAACUGUAUCACGUGGCGCUCGUCGACUUUUAUUAUUUUUUUCUUCUGUCACUUUACACCGUGUUCCAGCUUGAUCAUUAUUCGUUUGAAUUGCAUUGGUCACUCAAGACAGCGAAGAACGGGCGGUUAUUCUAGGAAACUUCAUUGCUGAGAACCGUUCUUGGUUUUAUUGAAUUCUGUUGUGCCCUAUGUUUAGUUCAACCUAACGUACUUCUUCCGGGUUUAACAAAAAGAAAUGGUCUGCUUAAGUUUUUUGAUUGAAUGAAACGAGCAAAAUACUGAUGUAUGAGGUGGUCCGAAAAUUUGCACUCAAGCGCAUUGUUAAUCCAGUAUCAAUUACCUCAUCGAAAAUCUUUCUGAGCAUACAUUCAAAGCGGAAUUUGAGCUCUAAGGAAAAACCAAAAACAUUUUAGUUUCUAUGUGAAAAACCGGCGCAAAUUUUCAUCUGGAUAUACUAAAUAUUUCUCGAAUUUCUGUACAUGAUUUUGGAAUGAAAUCUCGUUACAGCGAAGCCAUCGGGACCAGGAAGAUGUGCUAUAUCGAGACGCGUUAAAUACAUAGGCUAUUCUGCAGAGAUCUGAAAAAAAAGUGCUACAAGCAAGAAUCCGUCAAACCGAAAUGUGUGUGAUGAUUUUGUGCUGUUUCUGUAUUGUUUGACCACGCUUCUCGUUCUGUCAGCGGAGUUCUUUUUUUAAGUUUCAGGAGCUGAGGAUGAAGAUAUAUAGGACUUAUGACGCAUUAUAUACUCGUGAAUUACGGAAAUACUGUACGUUAAGUUUUGCUUUCUGUCUGUCUUUGUGAGAAACCUCGAAAUAUUUGAGAAUUAAGAUUAAUAUCGUGGAUUAAUAAUAGGAGCUUCCCUCGCGAUUUAUGCACCUUCAGUUGAUGACUGAGCAUGACAUCGGAGGUUCAGAGCGUUGAUCUUCGCGAAAUGGUUGAGGUUGUUAUGAAAGGAGGAAAAGUACCUGCUAAUUUCACUGCGCGCCAUUAUGGAGCUGCGGAUUUGUGUGAAGUGAUCGAGUCGGUGUUGGAGAAGAACUGCGACACAGAAAGUGUCGUGAACGUACUCAACUUCGUCCUCUCUGGAUUGUCAGCGUACCAGCGUCAGUAUGUGAUUUUGCGUGUUGUGCCGAAAUUCGUCAUGCCAUUGGUUAGUUAUGCUUGUGUGUAUUGACCGUAAAGUUGAUUUAGUGUGAGAAAUGUUCAAUUCUUGAAAAAAGUUUCUCUUGAUUCAUAGACACGAAAUAUUCUAGCGGGGCUUGAUUUUAUUGGUAAUAGAAGUUCGAUUUUAAUUUUACUCUGAAUCAUUUUUGGUUCACUCUGCAUAUGGACUUAUUUUGUGUGUGCGUGAGCAUUCCUACCACUGUUGCACGUACGUUAUUUAAGGGGUGAUUGGGUUCCUCGUGGGAUUUUUAAAGUACUGUAUAAUUAGAGCCGAGAAAUUUUCAUUUUUUCAUCUUCUUCUCUUCUUAUAUUACAAUUAUGUUGGCGUUUCAUCAAUUAUUCAAAAUAUUCAGCACCGAAAAAUGCGCCAACUUCAUCACCUGCAUAUUACCUUUUAUCCACUAUGCUCUCUACCUUCACGGGAAAUUAGUUCAUGUGUACUUUUUUCAAUGAAAUUACCGAGCAGGUGCUUGGAAAGGCCGUUUCGUUUCGUCUGCAGUGCUGUUUGAAGAAUAUUUGCGAAUGUCAACACAACCUUGUUGUUUUCAACGUGAUCUUGAAGCCAAUCUUGGAAGUGAUCCUUUCGUCAAGCUGUGGCUCGGAGGUUCUGUUCGAUAUUGCAAAAAUGCUGACGAGGAAGUUCAUCUCUCCUUCUUCAAACGCUUCAGCUGUGAUGAUUGGGCAUUUAUGCAGUUCUCAGCCGUGUGAAAAGGUUCUUCAGCUGAUGGAAUCCUUGAUAAAUUUCGCUGGAGAUGAGCGCCGUUCCUCGCCGUCUUUGAACGAUUUUGUUCUCGCCAACUUGGCGAAAUACAUCUUGGCUUCACCUCCUGCCCUGCGUGUAUCCGGUUCAUCAGCAAGAAUUUCAAGCGUUCUCAAAAAUGUUUACGAGAAAGAAACUGAUGUCCCUAUCGUUUCGUCGUUGAUUGAUUCUUGCGUUCAGCUGUGUUCUGAGAACAACGAGGAGUUCGUCUUCUCUUCUGUUACUGCUUGAACUCGAUCAGAUCUGAACAUUUGAAAUUGUUUUCGCUUGUGUGAAUAAAACAUUUGGAUCUUCGUUUAUUAAA